AUGAACCUUUCCCAGAAAAGUUCAUGUAAUCAACAACGUUUUAGAGACCGUUAUAUUACACCAUAUGAACGAUUAUUACGACGCAAUCAAUCAUGGACGCCGACAAAAGUGAAGAAAGAACAAGAAUUACAAGACGAAUGUCGAACAGGCCAAUUAAACCCCUUCCAACAACCCGAAAAUUAUUCAUGUCACUUUAUACAUGAAAAAACUGAUAUUGUUGCUAUCGACCAAUUAAUUGAACAAGCAAAAUCAACAACUCAUUUCUCGAUGGACACAGAAAACGAUGCAUUAACUCAUAAACCGGCUACACUACAGGUAGAAUUUAUUCGACCAUCAUUACCAUCAACUAUCAUUAUCGUCGAAGUUCAAUAUUUACCAUCAACAACCACCUUAUUAUUUAAGAAAAUUCAAGAAUUAAUGACCAUCAUCUUCACUUCAAAUCAUUAUAUUUAUUCAUGGGGCCCAGCAUUAAAAGAACUUUCAACAUUCCACUCAUUUAAUCUAUUCAAUACAAAUAUUAACAUUAAAGACCAUGAUAUACAAAACGAAUUUAGUGGCGAUGAAAAAGCAGCAUUACAAAAGGUCGUAAAAAAUGUCUUUCACGAAUAUUUAAAUAAAACGGCCACAUUAGCCGAAUGGGCAUGUGGUAUUGAUUUAUUUUUAGGUACAUAUCUUCCUGAACAUGUGGUUGGUCCCGAACGAACAUAUCGAAUUAAAGAAGAAAAAUAUUAUCGUUCAGUGUUAAAAGAUUAUGCACUUAAUGACGUAUUUGCCGUUACAAAAUUAUGCUACAAAUUAGAUUUGAUUAAACCUUUACCAACAACUGAUUAUGAAGAUAUAUCAGAAGAAGAAGAAAAUCAUUUAAAUCUACAAGAUGAAUUAUCAAUCAAUCUUUCUCCAACAUAUGAUGAAUUAAUAGUUAAUGCAAUAGCUGAACCCGGAAACAUUAAUGAUAAUAUGGAUUUAGAAUUAUUACCGGACUUUAUGAUCCUGCAUUUUAAUCGAGAACAACAUCGUCCAAACCCACAACAAUAUCAGGAUGAACAGUCAUCUGGUCAACAGAUACCGGUUCAUGUAUCACCUGAAUUGUCUCAGGUAAGAGAUUCUUCUAAUUUAGGUGAACAAACAACAACAACAACGACCCUGACCGCCAAACAAAAACGCAAUCGAAAGACGAACCUCCGCCAUCGAAGAAAUCGAUAUCGUUACGAAGUUAAACGCCACGUCUAUCAUCGAUUCAACGUUACAAAAAUUAAAAGAAUAUUAAAAUCGAUGAAUAUUUUCUACAUCAACAUCAAUUUGGUCCGUAAUCGAUUAUUUAUGGGCCUGAAGACUCGAGAAAUAGCCGACGAAGUCGAAUAUCUGCUCAAUGAUCAUAUAUUUACCCAACAACAUUAUCGUCGACUCUAUAGAUAA